CUUGGUACACACGUAUGAUGUUAUGAUCAAGUAAAACUCGCACUAACCCCUGCCGUAAAUACUCAAACUUAAUCCCUACCCUGCAGUCUUUCGCGUUGUAACUGUAGGGGAAGCUGUGUCGUAGUCGUGAUUGUGAUAAUAUACUUUUUUUAUUAUUUUAUGUAUAAAGAGUUAUAUUCUGACCAAUGUGAUAUAGUGUGUGUUGUAGCUUAUACGUUAACUAGGUAUUUUAUAUCCUAGAGUAAAUUUUCAAAAUGGAAGAUUGUGAAGGUCAAGAAAAUGAUUCAUCACAGUACUCUUUGAAGCGGUGUGUCACCAAGAACAAGCUAGCGAAUAUAAUAACAACAGAAGAUGGGACUGUGCAUUACUGCUGCAUCGAGUGCCCGGUCCGGUAUCUGGAUAAGGCAGAAUUAGAGCUGCAUCUGUGUAUGCACACCAAAGAAUACAGAUAUCUAUGUGGAAUAUGCGGUAAAGGAUUAAAAAGGAAAGAGCAUCUAGACAGACACACGAUGGAACAUGACGAGACGAGGCCGUUUGUCUGCACGGACUGCGGCAAGGGGUUUAAGCGUAAAGAGCAUCUAAACAUACACAUGGCUGUCCACAGAGGAGAUAAGACACAUUCCUGUGGUAUUUGUGGCAGAACGUUCAGCCGCAAAGAUCACGUUCAGAAGCAUCUGCAGACGCACAGCAAGGAGCUGCUUGUCGGGCUGGAACCUGACUCGCCGGGCUCCGAGGAUACUGGAGUGAAGAAUGAGGCCAUGGACUACGACUCGACCUUCGAAGACAGCGCCGAUGUAAUAAAUUACGAGCAGUCGCAGGAUGUAGACCCGAUGGAUAUCACCUCUCAUCUGUCGGUGUCACCGCAUAAGAGCGGGGAAGAGAUCCGCUACCCUUGUUACUACUGCGAGAAGACUUACAAAAUAAAGAGCCACUUACAGGCACAUCUUCAAACGCACGUCGACAACGAAGAAAUGCAUGAAGCAUUGGCACAGUUGGCCCCAGACAAUCCGGGGAAUUCCCAAUGGCUGCCAUUCAAUGGAGCAGGUUACCCUCAAUUGUCGACGGGUCUCCUGAUUCCUAGGCCGCCUCCAAAGCCCCCCAAAGACCCCAGGCCCCACAAUUGCGACAUCUGCGACAAGAAAUUUAAGAGGAAACAGCAUCUCAAGGUCCACAUGAACGUACAUCUCAGGAUGCAGCCGACCAUAUGGUGCUCACUGUGUAAUAAAGGAUUCUACUCCAAUACACAGUUCGAGAACCACAAAUGUUCUGUCAAGGCGGGCGGGGAAAAUGGCAACGAAACUGUGGAGGUGAACGAGAGGAACGAGAACAAGAUUCCUGCCGGCGGGGUGAAGAUAAUAAACACGAUUGUUCCAGUCACGAAGCGGGAAGAAGAGAGCAACAUUCCAGUACCAGGGAAGGUGUACGUGUGCAAGUACUGUUCCAAGCCGUUCAGGAGGAAGGACCACUACAAGAUCCACCUGCACAUCCACACGGGUAUAAAGUCCUUCUUCUGUCAGUUUUGUAACAAAGGUUUCUACCGCAAGGAUCACUUGCAAAAACACACGCAAACCCAUAAGAAGGAGAUUACGCCGCCGCCCCCCACCACCAAGAAGAGGAUUCCUGACUUGUUCCCCAUCUGCAUGGCGCCCAGGAGUCUGGUCAAAGCCGGUCUCAACGCAGUGUUCAAACCACAUGCGCUGAAGAAGACAACUCCAUCUGAGGCUGUUAAACCUGAAAUAACUAUUCUCGCGCCAUCGAACUCGAAGCUACGCGUGCCGUUACGAAUCAAGGUGCCGUAUGAGAUGGUGGUUUCCAACGAGAACGGGGAAGAAACUGCCAUCACUGUGGACCCGCAAGACGGAGCGAUUGACUAGAAACACAAUAUAAAUAAUUCGAAAAAUCACGCUUUGUACAGUACAAAAAUGGUUAAACAAUCGUUACCCGUUUAAGUCCAAUGCACUUCAUAAGGCUUCGACCGGUUACGAUAGAAUUUUAAAAAUAGAAUAUCGGUGAGGGAAAGACUGCGAUGAUGUGAAAUAAGGAAACUUUAACCUAUGUUUUGUGUGAGAUUUGCUUGGAAGAUAGUCAUUUUUCGUAUGCCCGACUGCUAUGAAAUGCGAAUUGAAUUAUUUUCUUUUACCACCUUUUUGUUAAUGAAAACGGAGGGGCAGGCAAAGAGCACACCUUUCCACUUGCCACGAUCCCUGCAUACUGCUUUCGGUUCAUUCCCAUUCAUAACUUUGCAUCGAAGCUCGUCUGUUUUGGGUACUCUUGACCUGACCCUUUGCCAGAACGUCUCUGAUUUGAUCAAAGUACGUUACAACGACAGCGAGGUAUGUUACAACAUUUAUAUUCCCUUUGUAUAUUUUCUUAGUCAACAUACUUUCAUUCAUCCUCUCGACAUGACCAAACAAAAUAUACGGAACUUCGCAUAUCAAUAUCACAUAUCAACUUACAUCGUGGUAAAAAAUAUGUCCGCUGUAGUCAUAAUCAAGUUACAUAAAGUACCUAGGUGACCGAGCGGUGCUCGGUGGACGUCAGAAGAACCAUACAUAAAAUAAAUUAUAAAUGUACGGAACAAAGUACACAGGUUGAUUUAAGACUACAAUACUAUAAAUACUUAAUACAGAUAAAAAAUCAGAGACCCAAAAAAAAUAUAAAAAAAUACAUAAAUUAUAAUAAAUAUAUAUAGCAAAAGGGUCAAAAAUGUAGGUGUUCUCUUUGACUGUCAUCUCUCGUGGUCCUCUCAAGUGGCGGAAGUUAGCAGGAAAAUAUUCGCUUCAGCAAGAUCACUCACAAGAUUUAACAUUUCUUACCCAUUGCACCUAAAAUUUCGCGUGCCUUUACUCCUUCCUGUCCUUGACUAUGCUAUUUCAUUCAUUCUAAAGAUCUACUUAAUAUACUUUAGCGGCAUUAAAAUUUCUGUUUCAGGGUCAUAUUUGGCCAACGCAAAUAUGACCACAUCUCUUUCCGUGCAUAGCUCAAGUGGCUUCCAAUCAGGCUUCGUCGCAACUAUCACAUUCUUACACUGCUUUUUUCUCUAAGUUUCAUUUCUUCUAUUCCUCUGUAUCUUAAAGGGCGCUAAACCUUUUUUCAUCAGUCACACUUCCCGCAGUCUAAUUGCCAAUUCAAUUUCGUCCCUCUCCGUAUAAGUGAUUUAAAGUUUGUAUAUACAUAUGUACAAAAUGUGGUUCAAAUGAAAUUAAGAUAUCUCAGGUAGCACAUUAUUUUGCAUCGUUUGGUAUUAUACCAUACCAUAUUUACAAUAUGCCAAACGAUGCAAAAGAGGCGGGGCCAAAUAAUGAUAAAGAUCUCGGAUUAUUGUGUAAGUACAUAUCCAGUAAUUAUAAAAUAAAUUUUGCUCUUUAACUUUGUUAAGAAUAAUUCUGAUGUAGAUUUAUUGUCACUGUUUGUGCCAUUUACAAAAUAAUAAGAUUUUUAUUGUAAAGUUCCUUGACUUUUA